AUGACGUUCAAAGCAUUGAUGAAUUUUGGUUCCUUUGAAAAAAGUCCGUUCACGCCCGUCGAUCGUUAUCAUAGUGGAUCGGGUUCUUACCAUCAUAGCUCAAACGGUGGUUAUAAAGGACAUAAAGGUGGUGGAAAUGGAGCUGCUUUGAGCGCUUUAACUUUACUUGCUUUUCUCUUCCUUAUAAACGUUAUGCAACAAUCUCUUCAAGAUAAUAAUUCUACUGCAACAGCAACCACAACAGCGUUGUUUUUACGCGACGACGAGCAGCCAAUCGUAUUGGACGCGAGAGAAAAAAAAGAUGUUAAUAAGAAGAAGGAUUCGGACGGUACACCUCCAAGAUCUCAUGAUAAAAAUUACGUCAGAUUGUAAUCCUUCGAAGUAUUUUUGUAGGAUUAAGAAGGACAUUGUUUCGAGGCAAUAAUGUUUUACAGAUAAAAUUUUA